AUGGUGUCUGCGUUUGUGCGCGAGCACUGGGGCCGUCAGGAGGGGAGCGUUGCGGAGAGCACGGCAGAGGUCGGGGCUUGGCCGGACCGUGACGUUGAUUAUAGGGAUGCUUAGCAAGUGGAGGGUCCAUGGCUGCUGGUUGAGUGCUCUCUGGUGCCGAGCUAAGAUGGAUGGACGACUGGCUUGCUUGAGGUCUUGGAACGAUUUUUAGCAGCGGUACCGAUUGGGUUGUGCACACGUGUUCCAUUAGCAUUUGAGUCUAACUAAAUGCUCUUGAAUCUAACUAAAUGUUCAA